GCGCAGUGCGCCGGCGGCGCGGGCAGUAGCACGUCAGCAAUGCUCGCGUUGGUCGCGCUCGCCGCCUGCACCGGCCUCGCGCAUGCGCACGACAACUCCUCGAGUUUCUCCCGCGACGCGCUCGACCGCACACUUUCUUUCGUGUUCGGCGAGCAGGACGCAAGAUGGCGGCGCGCCGCGUCCUGCGCCCGCGCACUUGGACCCGCCAAAUGUUUGAACGCGUUCAGCGUUUGGCGCGCGGAUAAUGCUGUGGAGGCGUACAAGAGCUACGGGGGGUACCGGGGGGCGGUGGUGGAUGAGCUGGCUAAGUUCCCGUGGGAGGAGUACGCGAACGUGACGGAGGAGGCGCUGGGGGAGGACCUGUCGGAGGCAGCAGCCCGGCUGCUGCAGCUGCGGCCGCUGCGCACCAGCCUGCUGCCCGGGUACCGCCUGCAGCUCAAUGUGAAGAAUGACGCACUCAACGUCGAUGUUUACAAAAAUGACGAGGAGGUCGAAGCUCGCGGAACUAUGAAAAAACUCCGUAAGAAGUUCUACGCCAUCGUCCCGCUGCUGCUGAUCCCGGGGCUGGUGAUGUCGGCCGUGCUGCCCUUCGUGCUGCCAGCGCUCAAGAUGAGCGUGCUCGGCGCCGGCAUGCUCAACCAGAUGGCGCUCACCGGCGCCAUCUUCACCCUCCUACGCAACAACGCCUUCAGCGACUACUACGAGAAAAAGGUCAUCUACGUAAACAAAGGCUACCAGAACGAGAAGAAGCACCGCCCUGUGCACAUUGAGGAGGAGAUACACUCUCAUACUGUUGAUGACGGGUUCUAUGAGGAAGACGGGGCGUGGCACCACGGCCCUGAGAUCACAGAGUAUGCUGCGUCACACGACUUCCCGGUCGUGGCCGAGCCCCCGGCCAAUGCUGAUUGGAUCAAUCAGUACUACGGGGGCGAGGGGUUCAGCCAUAUUGAAAACCAUCCCGUAGAUAGGGAGUACGAUACCAAAAGGAAAAGAAAGACGAAGCUCAGGUCUGCGUAUCGCGACUAGGAUAUGUAGCUAUUUAUUGUUGCAUGGACAUGAAGAGAAGAGAACAACGAACGGAGCUGUGUGUGCUGAUACUCAAGCAAAAUAGUAAGCUUGGUACAGCAAUACUGAAAACAUGGACGAUACGCAAAAAUAUACCAAACGCAUUAUCCUGUAUGUUGUGCAUUAUGCAGAGGUACAGUUUCAUUGAGAGCACUCCGUUCGUUGUCUUUUCUACUUAAGUUAUUUAGAGUAGGUAAUUUAAUUUAUUUGUCUCGUCUUGCCAGACUUUAUUUAUUGACUACUUUUAAGGAAUUUGUAAAUAAAUAUUUUAAAAAGAAUUUAUGAGCAUA